CCCUGCGCGACUCGCGCGGCUUCCACCCGGGGCUCGGCCUCAAAGCCUCCUCAGUUGUCGGCCUGGAAAGCACCCAGCGGCAGCAGCGGAGGCAGCGCGCCGUUAGCUCAGCUUCGGGAAGCAUCCGCAGCCGCCAGCAGGCCCCGCCCAGCGGCCGCGGCGAGCAAGGCCGCGCCAGGGACGACUGCAGAGCGCGCCUUUUCCAGGUGUCUGACCUCAUCCGCCUCCAGAGCCGGACCUUUCUCCAUCGGGGUCUUCAGCUAAGACCGCUGGUUCCAAGGAGAAGCCCAGACACCUGUGCAUCUGAGGAAGAAAUGUGUCUGGGAACUGGACUCCUGUGUGCUCAGGGAGCUAUUGUUCAGCCAUGCCGGUUACAGUAACCCGCACGACCAUCACGACCACCACCACGUCAUCCUCAGCCCUGGGCUCCUCAACCAUUGUGGGGUCCCCUCGGGCACUGACCCAGCCCCUGGGCCUCCUGCGCCUGCUGCAGCUGAUCUCCACCUGUGUGGCCUUCUCGCUGGUGGCCAGUGUGGGUGCCUGGACGGGACCCAUGGGUAACUGGUCCAUGUUCACCUGGUGCUUCUGCUUUGCCGUGACCCUCAUCAUCCUCAUCGUGGAGUUAGCCGGGCUCCAGGCCCGCUUCCCCCUCUCCUGGCGCAACUUCCCCAUCACCUUUGCCUGCUAUGCUGCCCUCUUCUGCCUCUCGUCUUCCAUCAUCUACCCCACCACCUACGUCCAGUUCUUACCUCACGGCCGCUCCCGGGACCACGCAAUCGCCGCCACCGCCUUCUCCUGCAUUGCCUGCGUGGCUUACGCCACCGAAGUGGCCUGGACCCGGGCCCGGCCCGGCGAGAUCACCGGCUACAUGGCCACGGUGCCAGGGCUGCUCAAGGUGCUGGAGACCUUCGUGGCCUGCAUCAUCUUCGCCUUCAUCAGCAGCACCCAGCUGUACCAGCACAAGCCGGCCCUGGAGUGGUGCGUGGCCGUGUAUGCCAUCUGCUUCAUCCUGGCGGCCGUGGCCAUCCUGCUGAACCUGGGCGACUGCACCAACAUGCUGCCCAUCCCCUUCCCCAGCUUCCUGUCGGGGCUGGCCCUGCUCUCCGUCCUCCUCUACGCCACUGCUCUUGUCCUCUGGCCACUCUACCAGUUCGACGAGAAGUAUGGUGGCCAGCCCCGGCGGUCGAGGGAGCACAACUGCAGCACCAGCCACGCCCACUAUGUGUGCGAUUGGGACCGCCGCCUGGCCGUGGCCAUCUUGACAGCCAUCAACCUGCUGGCCUAUGUGGCCGACCUGGUGUACUCGGCCCGCCUGGUUUUUGUCAGGGUCUGAGGCUCUGACCUGGGGCUCCUGAUACCCUGUUCUCUCCCAUGAUGCCCGGUUCCUGGCUCCAUGCUUUCUCACCCUGCUCAUUUCCUCCUCAGUUCAUCUCGCUCUCUUUUCUGUUUCCUUCCCUCCCUCUCUCCCUUCCAGGUUGCCAUCUCUUUUCCUUCCUGCUUUGUUUGGUUGCCCACAUCCUGUUUUGCCUCCUGUUGGCCUCUUUUUUUGCUGUCUUCCUUUCUACCUGUCCUGCUUUUCGGCUCUUUUCCGGGCGUCCUGUUGGUUUUCUCAUCUGCGUGCUUCCUCACCACCUCUUCCCAUUUGCCUUCUGCCCGUUUUCCUCGGGAGCCCUGAGACUUCUUUCUUCUCUUGCCCCACCUCCAAAGGUGCUGAGCUCCACAUCCCACACACCCCUCUUCACAGCUGUUCAUACCCUGGGCCUCCCGAGGGGCCUCAUUGCCAAAGCAUGCCUGCCCGCCCUGGCUGUGCCUUAGUCGGUGUGUGUGUGUGUCUGUGUUUGAGGGGUGGGGGUGGGAAGCUAGGGUUUGGGCCCCAUUCUCCCGAUGGAGGGGGGUGCACACUGCACCUCCCCUUUAAGUUAAAAAAAAAAAUCUCUGGAGGUCAAUCAUUUCCUCUAGUGGGUAGAGGCUUAAAGCACAGACCCUGGGUCCCUAGGCCUCGCCUGAUGCUCAGCCUCCCCUGAGAUUGGCUCCAGAAUUUUUGCCACGCUUACUAAAAACCCACUGCCCAGAGCCCAUCUUAAAAGUAAAGGGUGGAUACCUUCCAUUCCAGCUACCCUCUGGGUAUCAAAAAGGAGCUGGCGAAGAACUGCAUUGUCUUGAGACAAUCGUCUGAAGUAUUAGAGGGAGAGGCAGUCAUGUCGCCCUCCAGCCUCAGUGUUAAAAAUAGCAUGCCCUGCCUUGGCAGGGAGGAGAAGAAAAUGGCCACUGCCAGCCUUACAGGCAGUGUUAGCCUGGGUAUUUUUCUUUUCUUUUUCCUGGUCGCAAGGGCAAAA